AUGGACCGCAAGCGCAAGAGAGAACUACGUGACCUAAAUUUGCGCGUCUGGGCAGGCGCAAAGGACGUCUAUGAAGUUGCAAAUUCACUCGAUUCCUCACUGAAGAAAAACACCGCGUUUAUUAAACGACUCCGAACCGGGUUAUCGGCCGCCGCACAAGACACCUUUUUGUCGGAGAUUCGCACCUUGUCCCUGCAAAAAUACCUCUCCGAGAUCACAACGGCGACGGCUGAAGGGUUGGGCAGACUCAAGACCGCGAGUGAGAUUGCCACGGGUGUCGAGGUUGUCAGUGCAUUACACCAAAGAUUUGGACCCCAAGAGUUUACUAAGCAGCUGGCAUGGCUUCUGGGCAAGGGAUUGACGACUCCUGACAAGGCUCAGGUGAAGUUGUGGAGUCAGGAGGUGCGUGAACGUGAAGAGAAGGAACGCCUAGUUCGACACCGCGUUCUCCUUCGCGUCGUCACCGAAUUCUGGUUGUGUGGUGUUCUUCGAAGUCUGGACGAUGCGGAUCGGCCAGACGAAGGUACAUCGCGAGGCAAGGACGCCGCUUCACAACUCGAGUCCAAGGCGAAGCCGAGCACAAAUGGCAUUCGACCCGACGCUCACGUUGAGCAUGAGCCUUUUCCUCUGGAAGUCCUCAAGGACUUGUUGGGCCAUGACCCGGAGCACGCUAAUCUCAGUCUGGCCGUUCUUUUUGUCAAGAAUUUCGCUUGGGAUGUUUUGGGACUCAAAUUACCCGCUGAAGAAGGCCGGAAAACAGUCGAUGCAGACGGUCACGUUGUCGAGCACGUAAAAGAUGGCGAUAGCUCCACCGAUUCACCCGAGGAAGACGCGCCCAUCAUCCCCCAGCCCAUCCGGCAGAGAUUCAUCAACAUUUUAGAACGAUACUUGACUGCCGUCAAAGCCCACGUCGUCCGAGACCAGAGAUCUCUCAACAACCAAAGCCGCCGCAACGCCGAGGCUUAUGUCAAAAGCGGAGAAAUCUUCGAAGACAGGCAAGCAAAUUUCGAGAAGCAGUCUAAGGCUCUAGAGAAAUUGGUUGCAAAUGCCCAAGUCCUUUGCGAUGUCCUUGGACAAGAAAUGCCAGAUCUCGAGGAGAAAGGCAGUGCAGAGACCGCCGCAUCAGGGAGCGUCGGGAUGAUCAAGACAGGCGACUAUCUCAAGGGCUCAGGAGAAGGCGCUGGCAUCUGGGAGGAUGAAGAGGAACGUCGCUUCUAUGAGAACUUGAUUGAUCUCAAGGGCCGAGUCCCGGGCAUCCUCCUGGAGGAUUCCAAAAAGAGGCUUGAACCAGACGAUCAUGGUGAAGCUUCCACCGCAGCCGUUGAAGGUGGGACGAGCAAGCCUCUGGAGAACGACGACCAGUCCACUGCCAUCACGAACAAGACGGUUGGCGCUCAAGUCGAUGCUAUUCUCCUGCGUCUCCCAGAAUUGCAAACCAAGGAUAUGGUCGAUCAGGUCGCUUUGGACUUCUGCUUCCUCAACUCCAAAGCCUCCCGGAAUCGCCUGGUCAAGGCGAUUCAGGAAGUUCCCAAGGGUCGAAUCGAUCUGCUCCCUUUGUAUGCACGACUUGCCGCCACUCUUGGGCAGUACAUGCCUGAUGUCGUACAGGGGUUGAUCUCGCAUCUAGAUGACGAAUUUCGCAGCCUCCAGAGGCGGAAAUCCAAAGAUUUUCUGGGGCAAAUUCGCAUGGCUAACAUACGUUACCUGGCUGAACUCACCAAGUUUGGGAUCGUUCCAGAGCACGUCAUUUUCCAUUGCUUCAAAGUCAGUUUGGACGAUUUUUCGAGGAUGAACAUCGAAAUCAUCGCCCAUCUGCUCGAAAACUGCGGUCGUUAUCUUCUACGCAAUCCUGAGACCUCUCCCCGGAUGGCGUCUUUCCUCGAGACGCUGAACCGCAAGAAGUCCGCGCAGCACAUGGGGGCUCAAGAGCGAAUGUUGAUCGAGAAUGCUUUGUACUAUGUUGACCCUCCUCAGCGGUCUGCGAUCCAACAAAAAGAACGUACGCCGACGGAACUCUUCGUCCGGCAAUUGGUAUAUGUGGACAUGACCAAACGAAACUACAUGAAGGUUCUCAAGACCAUCCGAAAGCUCCAUUGGGAAGAGAAAGAAGUUGUCCAGAUGCUGGAGAAGAUUUUCAGCAAGCCGGGAAAAGUCAAGUUCAGCAACAUCCAUCUCCUGGCUGUUCUCCUUCAGGCACUUUUGCGGUAUCAUCAAGAAUUUGCUAUUGGUAUCAUAGACAAUAUCUUGGAACAAAUUACUCUGGGUUUGGAGCAGAACGACUUCAAGUUCAAUCAGCGGAGGGUGGCUGAAGUCAAAUACCUGGGAGAGCUCUACAACUACAAGAUGAUCGACUCAACCGUGGUGUUCGACACAUUGUAUCGGAUCGUGACAUUUGGUCAUGAAGGCGGAACACCCCAACCUGGAAACUUCACACCAUUUGAUCCUCCUGACGAAUUCUUCCGCAUCCGAUUGAUAUGCACUCUCCUUGACACUUGUGGAAUCUGUUUCGACAGAGGUAGCUCUCGCAAAAAGCUCGACUUCUUCCUGACUUUUUUUCAAUACUACAUGGCUACAAAGGAUCCACUGCCGAUGGAAAUUGAAUUUCUGGUGCAGGACACCUAUUCUCUUGUCCGUCCUAACUGGAAGGUGGUUACCGAGAUUGGAGAGGCGGCUAAACUAUUUGCUGAAGCUGUAAGCGCGAAUUACAGACAGCAGGGGGCGGACAAAAGUGCGGAGCAGCCGGAGGACGUGGAGGACUCCGGCUCCGAAGAUGCACUUGGCGAGGGCGAUGCUGAACUUGAAGCUGAGAUUGCGCACUCAUCAGAUGAAGAAGCCGAGGCUGGCCCAGAAGAAGACACGGGUGAAGAGAAAGAAGACGUUGACUCCGACGAAGAAGAACAGAUUGUGGUCCUGCGUCAAGAGGAACACCUGGACCCGGAGGCCGAGGCUGAGUUUGACCGAGCGUUUGAGAAGAUGAUGGCUGAAAGCUUGGACUCCCGCAAAUUCGAGCGCAAGACUCACUUCGACGUACCAUUACCCAUUCGUAAGAUCCAACGAGCGCCGGUCGAGCCGAAUGAGGAUGAACCCAGUCCUGCUCCCCAAGCUGAAGCCAAUACGAUGGCGUUUUCGUUGAUGACGAAGAAGGACUCGAGCUUUGCCGUUUCGAUGAAAUCGCAGCAAGCCGCCGAAAGGGAGGAGCAGCAGCGCAUCAAGAACCUAGUCUUGAAUUAUGAUCUGCGCGAAGAUGACCAACACGAUGGUAUUCCCAACGGAUUUCUUUGUGGCCCUAUUGUUCAACCGCCCUUGGAGAAGAACCCCAAUACUAAAGGUCUCAAAUUAGGACCCGAUCACUACAAUCCUUCCCUCAGUCGUGCUGAGAGGUCGGGACGCCACGCGCCCCGAGCAAGAAGACUCAAUUUGAGCGAUGUGGACUGGUACGGCUCCAAGAAAUUACAUCUCACGUCGGCAACGUGCGAGAGAGAGGCGACCAGCAGCCCUCGAUCACCGCACAGUCACUCCCCCAUUACCUCGAAGAAGCCAGGCUGA